UCGACAAUGAGGAGAGGGGUGGGAACCGUGGAGUACCGAGUACGGUAGCGUGUUCCGUCGAGCCGACUUCGAGCUGCUCCCAUGCUCCGCUGCGCCGCCGCCGCCGCCGCGCGCCGCGGGGGUGUAGCUGAGCCCUCCGCCGCCGGCCACCAAAUGCGUGACCGACGAGAUGCAGGCCAACGUCGUCGUCCUGGCCGACUACAUCGUUGUCUGCGAGGACGACUCCCACGGCACCGCCACCAUCUCCGUCGAGAUUGUGUUCUACAAAACUUAGAGGUAAUGGAUGGGAAAGUGGUGCAGUUGCUCUUGUAACGGAGCAUGAUGCCAAGCCAUGGUUGAUAGGAUUUGACCUGAGACUCCUUAUGGCUGCUUACUCCGGAAUAAUGUGCUCUGGGAUCGCAUACUAUAUUCAAGGAACAGUGAUGAAGGAAAGGGGCCCUGUCUUCAUGACUGCAUUUAACCCUCUAUGCAUGAUAAUAGUAGCUAUAAUGGGCUCCAUCAUUUUAGCAGAGGAGAUUACUUUAGGAAGGUAUGAGUUCUUGUUAUCUCAUUGCAGCGCUAGUGGCAUAGAGUCUGGUUAUACUAACUUCUCUGAAAUUGAUGGGGUGGUUGGAGCAACUAUCAUAGUUAUUGGUCUCUACUCUCUGAUAUGGGGUACGAGCAAGGAUCACUUGACCCAAUCCUCAGAUGAUGAUGAGAAGAAAGGGGUGUUCGAGCUACUGAUUUCUGCGACCGAUGCCAUGAAAUCUAAUUCUGCUGGCCAUGGCACUGUUGCAGAGAUUCCAUCCGCAAAGAGUCCUUGAAGAAUUUAGCUCCAUUUUCUAUACGCAACUAGUAGAUUAUGCUGUCACUUUUUUAAUUAUGUAAUCGGGCUUUCAGCUAUUAGUGCUUGCACUUUAUGAAUGAUCGGGGAAGGAAUUGGACUAGAUGCAACUUCUUGUCAAAAAUGUACAGAAAUGUAACAGUUGUGAUGAAGUAUGAUGUGCAAAGCUAAAGCUUAGCACGUGGCAAUGCGAUAGUACUUUAGGCUAAUUUGCAUGCA